GUGAACAGAAAAUAAAAGCGAACGGAGAGAGAGAGAGAGAGAGAGAAAGAGAGAGAGACAAAGAGAGAGCGGAGAAAUCCGAGGGUUCUCUUCGACGUUAAUGGCGGUUAGGGUUUUCUGUUGAUCUCUAAAACUCAAAUCUCCCGCCACUUCCACCUUUCGUUCUUCUAAAGUUCCAUUCAAUUUCCUCUCUGUUAUUUCCGAUUUUCCCAAAGAAUUUCCCGUAAAUUUUUAUUCAGGGAGGAGAAACAUAAUUGAUGGGCGGGCAAGGAAAGACCCCAGCCAUUGCCAAUUCGAUGCAGCGUGUUAAGGUAUACCGUUUGAAUGAUGAUGGUAAAUGGGAUGACCGGGGAACUGGGCAUGUCACUGUUGAGUACUUGGAGAGAUCGGAAGAACUCGGUUUGUUUGUGAUUGAUGAAGAAGAUAAUGAGACAUUGCUUGUGCAUCGUAUCAGGCCAGAAGAUAUCUAUCGAAGGCAAGAAGAUACAAUCAUCUCAUGGCGAGAUCCCGAUUAUUCUACAGAAUUAGCUCUUAGCUUUCAAGAGGCUACAGGAUGCUCUUAUAUAUGGGACCAAAUCUGCAAUGUGCAGAGGAAUAUGCACUUCAAUAAUCUUAGCAGUAUGGAGAUUGGUCAACGUCCACCGACAGAUGCCUUGGAGACAUCUGGAACUUCCCAUGCCAAUGAUGAUACAUUUCAUGGUGUCAACAGCGAGUUGAGGGAGCUGCCAGCAGUUGAACUGUCUACGCUUCCCUUGAUAUUAAAGACUGUAACAGAGAGUGGCAUUGCUGAUCAGAUGCAUGUGACAGACCUCAUGUUACAUGACCAAGAUUUUUUCCCCAAGCUGAUGGACCUGUUUAGAAUAUGCGAAGACUUAGAAAAUAUUGAUGGUCUUCACACAAUAUUCAAAAUAGUCAAGGGGAUUGUUAUGCUUAAUAACUCUCAGAUCUUUGAGAAAAUUUUUGGGGAUGAGCUCAUCAUGGAUAUUAUUGGGUCCCUCGAGUAUGAUCCUGACAUUCCUCAUGUACAACAUCGUUCUUUCCUGAAGGAGCAUGUGGUUUUUAAAGAGGCCAUUCCUAUCAGAGAUCCCAUAGUUUUGUCGAAGAUCCAUCAAACUUACAGAAUUGGUUAUAUAAAGGAUGUUAUACUGCCAAGAGUUUUGGAUGAGGCUACGAUUGCUAAUCUUAGUUCCAUCAUUCAUUCAAAUAAUGCUGUGGUUGUUUCUUUGUUAAAGGAUGAUAGCACCUUUAUUCAGGAAUUGUUUGCAAAGAUGAGAUCACCCUCCACAUCUGCAGAAUCAAAGAAGAAUUUGGUAUUCUUCUUGUAUGAAUUCUGUACUUUAAGUAAGAGUCUGCAGCUGGUCCAGCAACUGCGACUGUUUAGGGAUCUCAUGAAUGAAGGCAUUUUUGACAUCAUUACUGAUGCUUUGCAGAGUCAAGAUAAGAGACUUGUAUUGACUGGGACAGACAUCCUUAUUCUUUUCCUUAAUCAGGAUCCAAACCUUCUCAGGACAUACGUCAUUCGACAGGAAGGCAGCCCUCUUCUUGGACUUCUGGUUAAAGGUAUGAUAACAGAUUUUGGCGAGGACAUGCAUUGCCAGUUUCUUGAAAUUCUUCGCAGUUUAUUGGACCCAUAUACAUUGUCUGGAACACAGAGAGACACUAUUAUAGAGAUUUUCUAUGAGAAACACUUGGAUCAUUUAAUUGAUCUUAUAACAUUAUCAUGCCCCUUGAAAGGUGCUGCAAAAUGUAGUAAAUCAUCUGGCUCUGGUGGAAGGACUGAAAAUCAAGCUGCUACAAAGCCUGAAAUUUUAUUAAACAUCUGUGAAUUGCUAUGCUUUUGCGUUCUUCACCAUCCGUACAGGAUAAAGUGCAAUUUUCUCCACAAUAAUGUGAUAGAAAAGGUCUUAUUUCUAACUCGCAGAAAGGAAAAGUACCUAGUUGUUUCUGCUGUCCGAUUUAUGCGCACUAUCAUUUCUCGCAAUGAUGACCAUCUGCUGCGGCAUAUUGUCAAGAAUAAUCUUCUAAGAUCAAUUGUAGAAGCUUUCAUUAGUAACGGAAACCGUUAUAAUCUACUCAAUUCUGCUGUUCUGGAACUGUUUGAGUAUAUUCGAAAGGAAAACCUCAAAAUCUUAAUUGCAUACAUAAUGGAUUCUUACUGGAAUCAGCUAGCCAAAUUUGAUUACCUUGGAUCUAUUCAAGCACUGAAAAUUAAAUAUGAGCAGUCCCUGGAGAGCUGUGAAACUAGAGGUCCUACUAAUGUGGUUGACCCAAGAAAGCGAAUUGAUGAACGGGCUCUUGAGAAAGAAGAGGAGGAUUACUUCAACGAGGACAGUGAUGAAGAAGAUACUGCAUCUGCUCGCACAUCACAUGUCCAUAGCCAACAAAGCCAACCUGGCUUACCCAAUGGUGCCACCGUCAGUUACCCAUUGCUGAGGCCUGGAUCUGGUGGAUUGGUUGACUAUGAUGAUGACGAUGAUGAUGAAGAUUACAACCCACCACCAAGGAAUAAAACAGAGACUUCUUCAGAUGACAACAGAACUACAGACUCCUCUCCUAGGUCAAAACGGAAAUUAAUUGGUAAAGAAGCGGAGCUUGAGCUGACAAAGAAGCAUAGGCUAGAUAAGAACCCAAAAGAUACUGCCAUCAGUUCUGUUGCUUCAUCAACAUUGAGCCAUGGAUCUUUGGCUGGUAGGAAAGUAACCGCCACGUGUCUUGCUUCAAGAACACCCGAUGGUAAUGGCAGUUCAGAUGAAGAAAUUCAUGGCGACAAAGAUCCCGCGGUUCCAAGAGGCUGUUCCAAUUGCUCACCCAACAAUUCGGGCACUAGGCAAUCAAGUGGGGAGGAUUGUUCAUUGAUACCCCCCAACGGUAACAAUUCAUCAGAGAUGGCUGUAAAUGGCGCCAAUGUCACAGGUUCGGAACCAUAUUCAGUACGAUGACUUCAUUGCAUCCAUAUAUUAACAUUAUUUGAUUUCUGCCCGAGCCAGAGGAAUUACAAGAGGUGUUGACCGGGACAGCUUUCCUCGUUCAAAUGGGAAAAAAAUGAUCCAUACCUAAGGGUAAGUGGACCAAACAGAACGAGUGGUUGAGUUUCGGGUUCUCUAUCAACGGAUGUCACCGCAGCGCAUCGGAAUUCACAAAUCUCUUGGUUAUGUUGAUCCUCUCUGCGUCCAUGGUUUGUCCUUCGUGGGCCAAAAAAAAAACAAUCUUGUUGCUCCUGUAAACAUUCAUUAUACUUGAAAUGCCUCUUUUGCCCUUCUGUUUGUUAGUCCUUGCCAUUUUUUUCCGUCAUCCAUAUCAUAGAAGGGCAGCAAUAUUUGCCCUCGCAUUUAUCCUCGUUUCUUUCUUUCAUAUGUAAAUUUUGCCAGGUUCUUGGGAGUAGUUUAGGCUUAACUUAUAAAGUAUUUCUUUUCCUUUUCUUUUAUCGCUUUCCCCCUUUUUUAUCUUUUGCAGCUGGGGAUCAGAGUCUCCGACAAUGUAAUAUGUUAUGUAGACUUAACUGUAACAUAGUUGUUGGCAGGCGUAACCAUAGUAUAGUGCAUUACUUGCGGGGGGGGGAAUAACUAGUACAGUUCAUAUUUUUUUUCAAGGCCUAGAAAUCAAUUGCAUAAAGUGGAUAUUGCCUGCUUGUGCUACCUCA